AUGCCUGGUCUCCCAGAGCGCAGACCCAACAAUAACAGACGCCAGUACUAUGGGUUCCUUCUCCCGACGGCAGACAAAUUCUUCUUCCACUACUGUGAAAUCAAGUCGGUUCCGCUUACCAGGGAAGACGGCGUGAGACUCGAUCCUUUUUGGAUGGGCUGGAAGUCCUUCGAGAAGGCUGUAGGCUGCUUGACCCUCCCUCAGAAUGUCAUUUUGGGAGAAGACGACAGCAAGGAGACAGAAUUCGACGGAGAAGCGUACUGUCUUGCCCUCGCAUCCGAUCCGAAGCUCAGUUACCUGAAGGGGUUGAAUCCGAUGGAGGAACAGAUAUGUACGAUUAUCAAAGAGCUGAACGAGUGUGGCGUGGCAGUCACCAGGUCAGACCUUCUGUGGUAUCGGGGUGGGAUAUACGAGGACAUAUUGUGGAUGCCUGAUCCCGUAGAAUAG